AUGCGUAGUAAGUUUCAGUCUGGCCAAGUUGAAGGUAGAGGGGUAUAUACUUUUCGUGUGAACGGAGAGUUAUGCCAUCACAUUGGAAAUUUACAACCUGAUUUAGACGAAGGUGCUAGAUUUGCACAAAUUUAUUUCUUGGAUGAUGGUUUACAAACAAAUCGUCGUAUGGAGAUUUUUGAUGAUCUUCAUCGUGAUGUUGUUAACAACAUUCAAGAAGUUUUAGAAUCCAUAAAUGCGUUGGUUCGUGGUUUUAAGUCUUCGCGUGAUGUUCUUCAAAGGGGACAAAACAUGGGACUUCGUAUCUCCGAGUGCUAUCAGGGGGUCGUAGAUGCUUUGCAGGAAGACAAUGGAGCACGCAUUGGGCGUCGCAUUGUCUUACCUGCAACAUUCAUUGGUUCCCCCCGAUACAUGCAAAAAUUCUUUCAUGAUAGUAUGGUUUUGGUUAGAGUUUUAGGAAAACCCGAUUUGUUUGUGACAAUGACAUGUAAUCCGACCUGGCCUGAGAUUCUUGAUGAGCUUGAGCCAAGUCAAAGUCCUCCUGAUCGUCCAGAUAUUGUUGUGUGUGUUUUCGAGCUCAAGUUAAGAGCAUUGAUGGAUGAGAUUAUGAAGAAGAAUGUCAUGGGAGAGACAAUUACUUUUUGUUACACUAUUGAGUUUCAAAAACGUGGUCUUCCUCAUGCACACAUUCUUCUUUGGUUGAAAGACAAGGUCAAUGACUGUGACCUUGUAGAUAGGAUAAUAUGUGCGGAGAUUCUCGAUUUAGAUAGACAACCGCAAUUGUAUGCCGCGGUUGCCAAGCACAUGAUGCAUGGACCAUGUGGUUUGGACAAUCCCAAUUGUCCAUGCAUGGAAGACGAUAGAUGUACAAAGAACUAUCCGAUGCAAGCUCGAGAUACUACCGAGGUGGAUGGUGACGGACAUGUUUUGUACCGUCGUCGAAAUCAAGGUCGAUAUAUCGAGAAACGUGUACGUGGACAAAUUGUCCGUUUAGACAAUCGAUGGGUUGUGCCAUACAAUCCAUAUUUGAUAGGUCGGUUUAAUUGUCACAUUAAUGUGGAAAUUUGCAGUUUUGUAAAAACUGUCAAAUACCUCCACAAGUAUAUUUUUAAAGGUCCAGAUCGUGGUGUUGUAGAAACAGAUGAAGUGGUAGAUGAGAUUAAGGAUUUCUUGGAGGGUCGUUAUGUGGCCGCCCAAGAAGCAUGUUGGAGGCUCUUUGGUUUUGAAACUAAUAAUAAGAGCCAUAAUAUUUGUCGUUUGCCUGUUCACCUUCCCGGUCAGCAAUAUGUUACUUUUAAGGAAGGAACAACUUUGCACUCGGUGAUUGAUCAAAAUGCUGAGACUAAACUCAUCAAGUUUUUUGAGCUUAAUUGCCAUAUUCGUGCCUUAAUUGCUUCUGGCAAUCAAGGCAACCAUAUGCUUCUUCGUUACAUGGAUCUUCCACUCUAUUACAAGUGGGAUGUGAAGAAUAACAUGUGGAAAAGAAGAGUACGUAAGAUAAAAGUUUUUGGUCGGAUAAACAUGGUUCCCAUAGGUACCGAAGUAUUUUACUUGCGUUUGUUGUUGACUCAUGUCGAGGCACCAACUUCAUUUGAGGACCUACUUUGUUUUCAUGAUAUAGUGCAUCCAACGUACAAGGCCGCUUAUAUUGCAAGAGGACUUUUACAAGAUGAUUCUGAAUGGGAAAAUUGUCUGCAAGAGGCAACUGUCAUUGCGUUGCCUAAACAAGUUCGACGGUUGUUUGCAACACUUCUUGUGUUUAGACAACCGCUAGAUCCUCUUAGCUUACUAAAGACACAUCUUGAUGCUAUGUCUGAUGAUUGGCGCAAUGAUCAAAAUUGCUAUUGCAAAGCAAUUUUGUCCAUUGAAGAAUAUUUGUCAUCAUCAGACAAACAUCUUAUAGAUUUUUUUAAUAUUGAAGAAUUGAAUGAGUUUGGUUAUUCAAACAUUGUUGAUGUUGGCGGUGAUUCCAAUGACAAUAUUGAUUUUGAUAACCAAAACAUUACUUUUCUAGAGGAGGAUGUAGGUAGGCUCAACGAAGAACAAUACAUUGUUUUUAAUGCGGUGACCACUGCCGUUUUAAAUUCUGAUUUUCCAGAUCGGCUUUUCUUUUUAGAUGGUCCUGGUGGUACAGGUCAACCGGACUUUCAACGAUUUUUGUUAGAUGUCGGUGAGGGCAAAACCGGUUCAAAGGUAGAUUUACCGCUAGGAUUAGUUGCUCCUGGAAAUUCUUUAGAUGGUCUCAUUGAUGCUAUUUUUGAUGAUCCGGUUGAUUUUUCUGAGUGCGUCAUUUUGGCUGUCAGGAAUGAUGAUGCCCAAGAAAUCAACCGAAAAAUCACCGAUCGUAUACCUGGUGAUAUGUUGAGAACAAUAGGCAUGGCGGGUAAGAAGUGCCACCUGGCGGGAGGGAGGGAGGGAGGGAGGGAGGGGGGGGCCAAAUGCAGGACGCCUGCCUGCCAGCCUGCCUGA